CAACAUAUUACAAUAGGCGGAGGGGAGCGGCAGAGCCUUUAAGCAAUGCUGGGCAGCCGGGAAGCGGGCACCGCUGGCGGACUGGAGACGGCCCCCGGGUCGCUGGGGCCCCCGGGGUCCCUGAACCCGGAGCGUCGCGGGGAGCAGAAUCCUCCCGGCCGGGUCGGGUUUCAUCUCGCCAGGCUGGUGAGCUGGAAACAGCAUCCGUGCUGGACUUCAGCCCGGUUUGCUGCAGCCAACGCUGUGAUCUGGUUUGUUGCCUUCAGCUCUUUUAGGAUCUACAGCCUAGUUUCCAUCCUGCUGGUCCUGCUGGUCAGCAUUGUAACCACCAGAGAUGCUAUUUGGACCAGAACCAAAGGCGCUCCUAUAUGGCGCAGCAUGACCACAAGACUUUCAGAAGACUUGUACCAUCAUCUGGAGAUGUCUCCUGAAGAUCGUAGGGCAGGAAUAAGUUGGGAGAUCAUUGAUUCUGGUCAGGACAGCCAGUCCGGAACUGGACCUCAGCUCGGAGACUCCCUCAGGCUUUUCCUCCAGGAGACCUCGGCUUUCAAACAGCAAAACCCUGGGAAGUUCUGCCUACUGGUUUGCAGUUUGUGCAGCUUCUUUGCCGUCUUAGGGCGCUACAUUCCAGGAAUUGUAAUCUCCUAUAUUAUAGUGCUGGGUAUUUUCCUGUGGCCUCUGAUUGCAUCUCAAGAAAUCAGUUUGUGGCUGGAGCCAGUUCUGCAGAAGCUGGACUUCGGCAUCGGACACUUCCUUCAGAAAAUCAAGCAGAACCAUGAGAAAAGAAUCGUUGAGGCUCAGAUUGAGAAAGAAGGCAUUGAAUCUGACCUUUCUUCAAUGUUUCCCAAGCUCGACUCUACAGUAUGCAAAGACAUGUCUGUGUCAGAUACAGAGGUGUCUGACGUGACGUGGACGGAUAACGGCACCUUUAACCUUUCAGAGGGACACACUCCGCAGACGGAGAACUCAGAAGAUUUUGAUAAAGAAGAAUUGUUCACUGCUGGUCUCCCAGAAUUUCCUUCCCUUGAUAAUGGCACAACAACCAAUGGUGACGACGACCUCAGCCUUGACCUUUCCUUACCUCCGCCUCAACAAAUCAAAUCAAAAAAAUCACGCAUUUCCUCGCAUUUAGACCAACCAGCCGACAGCACCCUGGAACUGGUCAACCAGAUGGCAGGCGAUGUUAUCACUGCCGCCGUUACUGCUGCCAUCCAGGAGAGAAUAGAAGCAGCAGUCGGCUUCAUAGGUCUAAGUGAAGACCCUGAGCGCUCAAGGCCUCCAGAUUCAACCCUUAUGCUGGAGCUGACUGAGGACUCAGACAGCGAGGUGGAGGACUUUGAGCUGUUAGACCAGUCCGAGCUGGAGCAACUGGAAGGGGAGCUGGGGCUCGUAGAGGAGAAGACAAAGCCCAAAGAGAAAGAAGAAGCAAAGACCGACAAACCAGCCUCUUCUGGAUUCUUCUCUAAACUCCUCAGGCGCCACUGAUUGGUGAAACGUUUAGCGGUAGAUGGUCACAGAGAACAUUCAGUGAUGAGAUGGGCAGUUUCUGUCACUUUUUGCUUCUUUUUGAAGAGAAAAUAUGACUAUUUUCAUCUUUUAAAGCUAACAUUUACAAUUGAAACUGAACAGUUUCAAGAAAUUUGCAGCUGGAAGUUCACUUACUUUAGUCAGGAUAUAUCCAUCUGAUCAUGAUCUGGAAGUGCUUGACAAAGGCGGCAGGACUUUCCUGUCAUGCAACCUGUAAUUUGAGAUCUGUUUGCAAUGAACAGUUAAACUCACCCUGGAAUAAAAGGAAGACUGUACAGGCAAGCCUAUGAUUAGUCAGUGCGAAGCCAGUUUCAAACUGUAAAAUCCUCAUGGCAGUUCUGGCUGUGGACUUUUACGUAAAUAACUGGCCAAUGUCGAGCAUUGCAAAAUUGUAUGAAACAAUGUUUGCAUAAACAGCCAAAUUCAACUGUUAGAGUUAUUUAAAAAUAGCAGACAUGCAUUUUGGUUUGGGCCCCAUUCUUAGGCAUUGUCAUGCAUUUUCCUGGUCCUUCUCCUCAUUGAUCCUCAAUUCUAAUAAUGAUACUUUGUGUUUAUCUUUGGCAGGUUGACAAGUAUAGUUUGCAUUUGACGCCAGAACUUCUCUAUGCUUCCCAGGAUCUAGCACAGCUGAUCCUGGGUGCAACUUGGAGGUGUCUCCGCUGCUUCUAAGCUGGGAGCACAUCCCAAUUUCCUUUUGCAAGGGGUCUUAGCUUGGAGCAGUGUUUAUUUUCUUCAAAGGUGUGGAUUGUUCAUUGCCAAGAGGGAUACAGUAAUUUAACUGCAGCAGUGACAGCUGGUGGAGAUGGGGUGAUGAGGUUGGAGGUUUAUCAUGAGGCUCUUGUGGCCAGUUUUGCUUCAGGUCCCCUGUUGGCCUUACCAUGCAGGUUUGCUCUAACCACACACCAUGGAUAUUCUGCCACCUUGUCCUCAUAUUUCAUCCUGGACUUUGUUGCACUGCUCAAUGUUAAUGAACAACUACAACCUCUGCAUGGAAGUUUUGUGCAUGCUCGUACCAGUUAGGGAGCUCUUUCUCUUUAUCAUACAUAAUGGAGACUGCACUGCUCCUAAUAUGUAUCAGAAGACCUCACCAAGGCCCUUUAAACACCAGCCAUGUUCUAGCUAAAUUUUAACUUCAUCUGAGACCUACCUGGCUAUAAACUAGCUUGUACCAUCUGAAGUUUGGAGGUUGUGAAAUUAGUUUGUUGAAUACAUUGCAGUUAGGACAGUGACUACUCAUAAUCUCUGCACAGAAACUUCCUUAAAGCAAUCCAAAGCAAGCAUUCAACAAUUGUCUGCAAUUUGGGUUAAUUCUUUCAACUACAUUACCCAGAAAUCCAAAGAGAUGAGUGAGUUAAUGACAAUCACUGCAUAGUUUGGCAGAGGUGAUAAUAUUGUUCAUGACUGGAUCAUUGAUGAUGGUUAAAUGUGUCUAAUAUGUUUCACUAUAUUUACUGUUUUAGAAUCCGUUGUGUAAUUUACUUUAAUUAUUCAACUUCAUUUCUGCAGCUUUUUAACUUAUUUUAAUGCAACAUGCUGUUGGUCUCAACAUAAUAUGCAUGGAUAUCUAAAUACUCAAACAUCCAACCGAUG